AUGAAAAAAAAAGCGCCAGUGAUAUAUCAAUACCAUCAAAUAACAGAAACAACCCAAUCCAAAAUCAUAAAUAAUGAAAAGAUAGUGCUUAAAAAGGGCGAAGCUUUUUUUGAAAAGGAACAAACUCAAGAGAUAACUGAGACUAAACAAUGUGAUACACAAAUUAAAAUACCUGCUGCAGUUGGAAUCUGCUCUAUAGAGAAAGCUGGUCAAGAUAAAAGAAUUGGUGAACAAUUUGCAUUGCUUACUUAUUUUAAUAUAAUAGCACUCUGUAUUUGUCCUUUUCAACCUAAUUUCAUUAAAAUGUAA